AUGCCUCCUAUUUCAGAGAAACCCAAGAAAGAUGUAACAAAUGAUAUUAUGAGCCUUUUUGUCUACGUAAAUGCUUUGCAUUAUUUAUUUGAAUGGGCUCAUCUAUAUUGUCUGUGUUGUGUUUUGCAGAGGCUUUGGAACUAUGCAACUGGGAAAUUUUUGAAGACUUAUACUGGCCAUGUGAAUUCGAAGUACUGCCUUUCAUCCACAUUUUCUGUAACAAAUGGAAAGUAUAUUGUUAGUGGUUCUGAAGAUAGUUGUCUAUACUUGUGGGAGCUGCAGAGCAGGAAAAUAGUCCAGAAAUUGGAAGGUCAUACCGACACGGUUAUAUCAGUAUCAUGUCACCCCACUGAGAAUAUGAUUGCUUCUGGUGUGCUUGGCAAUGACAAAACUGUGAGGAUUUGGACCCACGAAACUCAGCCAUACAUCAAUAAUUUGAGUUGGUUAGUGGCAUCAACAACAGUGGGUUCUAGUGCAGCAUAUGGAGCACGAUACUUGAGGAAGAGAUUUGCCUUGAUUAGUGGAAAAUCUUAGUUUCAAUCUUUACCUUGCAGACAACUGACAUAACACCAUCAGUUUUGAGAUAUGUACUGGGUCUCAGCAUCAAAGGAUUUGAAGAAGUAAUGGUGUUGC